UGCGCACAUUGUUUAAUGAAACUAAAUUGACAGUUUUAAUAGAGGCGUCAAAAGAAAUAAUAGAUCAAUCAGUAUUGAUGAUUUUAAAGUGUCGAUUUAAUCUUUAUUUUAUGUUUAUUUAUUAACCAGCAUCGUGUUAUAUUUGUAUUGGGCAUAUGUAUAAUGUAAAAUAUAAAAUGUAGCUAUAAGUAACAGAGCAGAUUACAUUUUUUUAAUACAUAAAUAUAUGUGUAUAAUUAUGAGUAUAUGAAUACAAUGAUACUAGUGAAGAAGAGACUAGUAUAGAGAAUACUAACAGAUACAGUACAGCUGACGAUUGUGUUGCGUUUUGCCCGCUUCCUGGUAGAGUAAAGAGACUUGACUUUACUUGGACGCGCUCGUUCAGUUCAUUUUGAUUUUCAGUCUACAUCAAGACUUCACGCGGCUCGGAAGUUAUUUCAAUAACGUAAACAUUGUGCAUUACUCUUUAAUUAAUAAUAACUUUUUAGUUAUAUACUACUACUAUUAAUAAUAAAUUUAAAUUAUUAAUAUAAAAGUUUUAAUUUUUGUGGUAACUUGGAUUUUUCUUUCAACAUUUUGUCUUCUGAACAAUUACCUAUAAAUGCUCGACUAGGAAUGAAUUUAUCGAAUGUAUUUGAAGAUUAAGGAGUAAUUGGAGGUUUAAAAAAAUUAUCUGAACUGCAAUUACAAUGACAAGCGGCUCGCAAACCCACGCGUCACCAUCACGCUCUUCCUUGAAUUGUUGUCAGGGAUCUGACGACACUAACAGUAUUAAUGAUGUUACUGAAAUACCAGAAGUUACUGCUAACAAUUACGGCGUUAAACCCAAGCACCAAUUCCCAAAACGCCCGGAAGUUGACCUGGCGUUCAACAAUAUUCGCUUCCAAGUUCGCUCGUGGAAUCUCCGGAAACUUAAACCAGAGUCGAAAGAAAUUCUUCAUGGCGUAAGCGGGGAAUUUCGCGCCGGUGAACUCACGGCAAUAAUGGGUCCAUCAGGAGCCGGCAAAUCGACCUUGCUGAAUGUUUUAGCAGGAUUUACCGUCCAAGGCAUGACCGGUGAAGUUUCAGUAAAUGGAAAACAACGUUCACCGUACAGCGAAGGAUGGAAAAGGACGUCGACUUACAUUCAACAAGAUUCGAUAACACGUGCUCAGUUGACUGUCGGUGAAGCUAUGACUCUUGCUGCGAAUCUUAAAUUAGGUUACACGAUUAGUUCGGCAUUCAAACAUACACAGGUCUUGGAGCUUCUGGAGAUGCUGGGAUUGAGUCAUUGCUACGAUACAUUAUGCGGUCGUUUAUCCGGAGGGCAGAAAAAACGAUUGGACGUUGCAUUUGAGCUCUUGAGUAAUCCCUCAGUAUUAUUUCUCGAUGAACCGACCACAGGUCUCGACUCAGCGUCAUGCAGCUCGUGCAUUGCGCUACUGCAUCGCCUAGCAAGAAUAGAAAGACGUACAGUUGUCUGUACGAUUCACCAGCCUUCGGCUCUGCUAUUCGAGAUGUUCGAUUCGCUGUACGCACUUGCCAGCGGGCACUGCAUAUAUCGUGGGCCCGUAUCGUCAUUCUUGCCUCACCUGACUUCUGUAGGGGUGAACUGUCCUGCUUAUCACAAUCCUGCGGACUUCCUAAUUGAGGUAGCAAUUGGAGACUACGGAAUAACUGUUGACAAGCUGGAAACAGCUGCUGAGAAAAUAUGGGAAGACCGCAAGAGCAUAACGACCGCUUCUAAGAUUGCUAAGUUCGAGGUUGAGGUUAAAGAACCGCCUCCCCCAGCUGGAUUUUUAGCUCAGUGUUAUCUCUUGUACAAGAGACAGCUUAUGUGUCUGAGAAGAGAUUACUCGCUGAUGAUGACACGGUUACUUUGUCAUCUGAUGAUUGGAAUAAUAUUCGGCUACCUCUACAUGGGAAGUGGAUACCGUGCAAAUGGAGUUCUUGCCAAUUAUGUCUAUUUGUACGGCUCGCUUUUGUUGAUAGUCUACACCGGUAAAAUGGCCGUAACAUUGGCAUUUCCUAUUGAGAUGCAGAUACUUACAAGAGAGCACUUCAAUAGGUGGUACAGAUUAGCACCGUACUACAUAAGUUUGUUGCUGGUUGAAAUACCUUUUCAAGCAGCCUGUGCCAGUACUUAUUUGGCUGUCAGUUACUGGCUAACUGGACAACCUAUUGAAACCCAUCGCAUAUUAUUGUUUAUGGUUGUCAGCAUUGCUGCCAGUUUGACGGCACAAGCUUGGGGAUUUUUCAUCGGAGCGACUACUCCAGUCAAGAUUGCUGUUUUUGCGGGCCCAGUUAUAGCUGUCUUGUUCUCAGUCUUUGGUUUCUGUAUCCGUUAUAUGGACACACCGGUUGGGUUCCGUUGGAUUUUCCACAUUUCGUACUUCAGAGCAGGAUUUCACAGUCUCUUGUAUACAAUCUACGGCUUUAAUCGUAUAGAUCUCAAGUGCGAUGAUAUUUAUUGUCACUAUAAAAAACCCCUAAAAUUUUUGAGCGAAAUGGAAAUUAACGACGUUAAUGUUAUGAAUAAUUUGGUCUUGAUCGUUGGCAUUGGUGUACUUAUGCACUUACUUACUGCAAGUGCGCUUUGGUGUAAAUUAAAUAGACGAUAAAACUUUUUUCACACUUAAAUAUUUUAUUAUACGUAUAUUAUUAUAAAGAAAUUAUGAAUUUAUAUGUGUAAAAAAUAUAACAUAAAGCGUGAUUGCUCAGUAUUUUAUGAAUGUGUGACUGUCAAUUAUUCAUUGUUGGAUACGAUGCCUUAUUGUUACUCAACUCAGAUGUAAUGAAUCAUUUAACUGACUGUGCUGUCAUUAAUUAUUCAAAAAUACGUUGAAUCUCUAUAUUAUAUAUAAAAUAACUUUUAUAAAUGUUUCAAGU